GUAACGUUAGACAGCCGCUUACCAUAAAACAAGGAAACAAAGUGUUUGUUUAUCUUUCGGACAUUGUUUACAUAUUUAUACAGAGAAAAAGAAGAAGAAAAAGAAGAAAUGGCUUUGACAUUAAAAUAUUGGGUUCUGGAUAGUGUAAUUUUAUUAUCGACAUUAAUAAUUAUCGCAUACUUGUACAUGACUCGAAAAUUUAAAUACUGGAAGAGACGGGGAGUUGCUGAGAUUACACCAACUCCAUUUGUUGGUAAUUUUGGUGAUUGUUUGACGACAAAACGAUCAGGAGGACAGUGGGCUCAAGAUAUGUAUGAAUGGAGCGCUGGGUUGCCUUACAUGGGAUUUUAUGUUUUCGAUAGACCCUUUCUUUUGGUUCGCGAUCCGGAACUUAUUAAAAAUAUUCUUGUAAAAGAUUUCAAUUAUUUCAAUGACAGAUUCGCUAAAGCAAGUCCGUACGAUCGGAUUGGCGACGCAAAUUUAUUUUUUAUUAAAAAUCCACAGUGGAAAAUAGUUAGAACCAAACUCACCCCUAUUUAUAGUUCUGGAAGGGUCAAAAAAAUGUUUAAACUAAUGGUUGAUGUUGGAGACGAUCUUAUGUCACUUAUGGAAUCUCACAAUUUUAAAGGAAAAGGAGAAAUAAUAGAAGUUAAAGAAUUAUGUGCAAGAUUCACCACUGACAUGAUUUCAACAACGGCAUUUGGAAUUCGAGCUAAUUGUUUGAAUCAUCCGAAUGCUGGAUUUCGUGAAAGCGGACGUAAAAUAUUUAAACCAACUUUUUAUCGUAAUUUUGAGGCAAUGUCACUAUUUUUUGCGCCACAAUUAGCAACUCCACUUGGACUUAAAUUUGUACCAAAAGAAAGUGCGACAUUUUUACGUAAUUCUUUGUGGGAUGUUAUAAAUGAAAGAGAACGAUGUGGAAGUAAAAGAGGAGAUUUAAUUGACGCGUUAAUUGAUUUGAGAACUAACAAAACUCAAUUAUUCCACGAUGAAUUUGAUUUUGACGGUGAUAAUUUACUGGCACAAGCGGUAGUAUUUUUAAGUGCGGGUUUCGAAACAUCUUCAUCAACUUUGAGCUUCACUCUUUACGAAAUGGCGCUUCAGCCGGAAAUUCAAAAUAAAUUACGAGCUGAAAUUGUCAAAGGUCUAGAGCAGACAGAAGGGAAAAUUACAUAUGACUUGGCCAUGAAUUUGCCGUAUUUGGAUAUGGUAAUAGCUGAAACUUUGAGAAAAUAUCCUCCACUGCCUGUAUUAGAUCGCGUAGCAAAUGAAAACUACAAAAUUCAAAACUCAAAUCUUGUAUUAGAAAAAGGCACACCCGUUAUGAUUUCAAUUUCCGGUCUGCAUUUUGAUCCGGAGUAUUUUCCGGAUCCACAUAAAUAUGAUCCCGAACGUUUUUCGGAAGCUAACAAAAAAACACGCAAGUCAUGCGUUUAUUUACCUUUUGGAGAAGGUCCACAUGUUUGCAUCGGUAUGCGUAUAGGAUUACUUCAAACGAAAAUUGGACUUUUAAAAUUACUACCCAAGUAUGAAUUUUCUUCAUGCAAAGAAACUUUGAUUCCCAUGCGAUUCAAUACUAAAUCUAUAGUAACAUGUGCCGAUGGGGGUGUAUUUUUAAAUGUCAAAAAAUUGUAA